AUGCGCGUCCCAGUGCUGGACGGAAAAUUUGCCCUUUCGACCCAUGAGAAUGCUCUGGCUGCAACGUCCUCAUCGGCGCCGCUUGCGGUUUGGCACAAUCGCCUUGGCCACCGCAGCUACGAUGCUCUGGCGAAGCUCAAUUUGCCGCUCUCUGAUCGAAUUGUGCCAAGGACCUGUAUUCCAUGCAUCAACGGAAAACUCACUCGCGCUCCCAGCACCCAACUCGCUCGACGUGCUACUCGCCCUCUCGAACGCAUAUUCUCGGACGUUCAUGGGCCAAUGAGAGUGCAAGGUCGUCAUCAAGAGCGUUAUUGGGUCACCUUUCAAGACGACUACAGUCGCUUUGUUGUGCUAUACUGUGUAAAGUCGAAGUCGGACGUCUUUCGUUGCUUCAAGGAGUUCGUCGCCUGGUCCACAAAUCAGAUGAACACGCGAAGGAUCAGCUUCGAUGAAAACGACAUGCGCACAGUUUUCGAUGAGUUCUGCGCGGCUCUUGGCAUUCAGCGCGAGCAUACAAUACGCGACACUCCUCAACAGAAUGGACCAGUUGAGCGUUUCAACAGGACUCUGUCUGAAGGGGUCGCUGCACUGCUCAACCAGUCAAGGCUUCCCGCAUCGACGUGGGUAGAUGCCGCCAGCGCCUUUGUUCACGUGCACAAUCGAAUGCCUUCGUCAUCCACGGAUGGAAAGUCUCCAUUCGAGCUUUUCAAUGGUGAAGCUCCAUCGUUAGAUCGGAUGCGGACCUUUGGAUGCGAAGCAUGGGUGCAUCUCCAACGUGAUCAGCGCUCUCCAUCACUGGAUCAUGCUGUUCGAGCUGUCUUCCUGGGUUACCCGCCAACUUACAGUGGGUGGCGCUUCGUCAACCUGAGCACUGGGAAGGAGGUCAUCUCAAACUCAGCGGUAUUUGUCGAAGACGUCUUUCCCGGUCGACUGCGCGCCGAUGCAAAAGGUGUCGACUACACGUUUACACCUGGCAUGCUCGACAGUGACGAUUCUCCUCCAUCAUCUCCACAUCCCGCUCCCGCUCCUGCUUCCAUUCCUCCUGCUCCUCCUCCUCUUUCCCCCACCCUUCCUACUUCUCCCUCCCCUACUGCAGAACCAGUUGUUCCAGCCACUGUGAACACUGGUGGUCCUAGUCUCGUCUUUGCACCGGGCAACCGUGUGGAGAUCCUGCUUCCGCCACCCAAUCUGGGCACCAGCCAGCCGACUGCGCCGCCGCCACCUCUCUCUCGAGAGGAGAAGAGCCUGAAGAGAGACUAUGAAACGCAUCCUGGUAACCAUCUGAGCCGCAGUGAACGACAGAGUCGUGCCAAAGUCAACUAUGCCGAGUCGUCUGACGAUGAAACGGCUGACUGCGCGUUCUCUACAGGCGUGAUUGACAAUCACGACUGGAUCCCGUUUCAAGGUGCCAUGGAUUAUGUGUUUGCUGUCACUGAAUCUCUCGAUCCUCGCUCUUGGAAGGAGGCUAUGUCCCGUCCUGAUGCGAAUAAAUGGAUCAAAGCGGCUCAUGAGGAGCUCGAGGCUCUUCUGAAGAACGGCACAUGGCAGGUCGUGCGUCUUCCCCAAGGCAAAACGGUGCUCGGGAAUAAGUGGGUAUUCAAGACGAAGAAGGAUGCCACGGGAAAUGUCGAGAGACACAAAGUCAGACUCGUCGCAAAAGGAUUCCUUCAGAAGCAGGGCGUCGAUUUUGACGAGACCUUCGCACCGACUGGAAGCCUGGCAGCACUUCGCACUGUCAUUGCCACCGCGACCGAGCUCGAUUGGGAGAUUCACUCAAUCGAUAUCUCUUCGGCUUUCCUAAACGGUGACAUGGAUGCUGAGGUUUACAUGGAACUACCUGAAGGCGUUAAGAUUCCGCUGGGCGAACUUGACGGCUUAGAGGAGGGAAGUGUGAAAUGGGCUCUCCGCCUCCUCAAGGCACUCUAUGGCCUGAAACAAGCCGGACGUCGAUGGUCGGUGAAGCUCCAUCAGGCUCUCACAAAGCUAGGCUUCGUCCGCACCGUGCUGGAACCCUCGUGUUACCUAUACGAGAAAGAAGGCAUAAAACUCGUCGUUCCGGUCUAUGUUGACGACCUCACGUGCGCGUGUGCGUCGCAAGUGCUAAUUAGGUGGUUCAAGGACGCUCUCAAGAAGGAAUUCGAUCUUCGAUACAUGAAGGAGACAAAAUUUGUCCUUGGUAUCGCUGUCGACCGUGACCGAAAGUUGGGCAAGACGUUCUUAUCUCAAACGAGCUACAUCAAAGAGAUCUCAUACGCCUUCUUCGGCACGCGCAACGUCCACCCACUCUCAACUCCGAUUGCUCCUGGUCUAAAACUCACCAACGAAGACGCGCCACAGACUCCGAACACCGCGGACGUCAAGCGAAUUCAGGAGUACACCGGCAAGCUCCUAUACCUUCAACGAGCCACGAGACCCGACAUCGCGUUCGCUCUUCAUCAAAUCUGCCGUUUCACUCAGAACCCGGGUCGCGUCGUGAUGGAAGCUCUCAAUGGCCUCAUGCGAUACGUCCAUGGGUCAAUGCAUCUUCGUCUCACAUACACGCGCAGUGGGAAGAACGAGCCACAAGCAUUCGAAACAUUCAGCGACUCGGACCAUGGUGGCGAUCCAGUCACGCAUCGAUCAACGGGCGGAUUCGCAGUUAUGAUGUGCUCUGGAGCAGUUAAUUGGGGCUCGAAGCUUCACAAAACUGUCUCGCUUUCGUCCACUGAGGCCGAGUACAUCACUGCGUCGAUCGUCGGAUGCGAUAUCAUGUGGCAACGCGGAUUCCUCGAAGAACUUGGCUUCCCUUCUACCGGGCCGUCUCCUAUCUAUCUCGACAGCAACUCUGCUGCGCAAGUCGUUCGCAAUCCUGAACAUCAGAGCACGAUGAAACAAGUCAAUCGUCGCUACCAUUGGAUUCGCGAGCGCGUAGCGGAAGGAGACAUCGAAGUUCGUCGCGUAGCUGGAUCUGAUAAUCCCGCCGACAUCUUCACGAAGCCACUCAACCGUAUCAAGUUCCUCGAGUUUCGCUCGAUGCUCGGUCUGCAGUAG